AUGGCGACUGUAAGAUCAACAACUCUGACUUACUUGAUCCACCGUCUCCUCCGACAUCCCAAACCAAAAUCUCCAGUUUAUUUGAUCCUCAGAUCUUUUUCCGUAUUAACCACUAAAUCCAACUACCGUGACGAGUAUCGCUCCCGUUACUUCUUCCCUUCGAUCGCCUUUUCUUUACCUCUUCCACGUCCUUUGAUCUCACUCUCUUCUCUCCUCGUUCCUAAAUUAUUCUCUUCUGUUGGCAAGUCAGAACUCGUAGAAGACAAGUCCCUUAGCGAGAAAAAUGAUGAAGACGAUUACAGUGAAGGAGAAGAAGAAAAAGAUUGGUCGGAUUCGGAACGUACAAUGGUUCCAAUUGAAAGAAGUUGUGAAAGAACUGAAGAGAUGAUAACUGAGAGCUCGACAGUGAAGUUAUCGGUGAAGGAGAAAAAAAAGCUUGCUUCAUACGCGCACAGUCUAGGCGACAAACUGAAAUGUCAACUCGUAGGCAAGUCAGGCGUCACGGAUUCAGUCGUCUUCUCCUUCCUAGAGACCCUGGAGAAGAACGAGCUCUUAAAGGUGAAAAUACACAGGACAUGCCCCGGAACUCUAGAGGGCAUGAUUCUGCAUUUGGAGGAAGCUACUGGUUCCGUAGCAGUCGGGAAAAUUGCGAGGACUGUGAUACUUUAUCGUUCUCGUCCCACCAAAUUGAAAGCUAAAUAGGAGGUAGUUGAUUAG